UUCUCAGCUGUCAUCACUUCCCUUACAAAUCCUGUUUUAUGUAAAUGGGAUUUAUUACAUCUUCUACUUCCUGGCAACUCUUGCAAUGAUAGUUUACAAAAGUCAAGUUUUCAGUUAUCCAGAUGACUUCUUGGUUCCUGAUCUUGCUGUGCUUUUCCUCAUGGCCAUUCUUGAAGUGCCUCGAUUAUACUUGGGUGUCAAGGGUAACCUGACGGAGGAAGAGGCUCCAUUGGGGCUGAGCCUUGGGCUCACCGUGGGCAGUGUGGUGCUGUGUGUGUACCUCCUGGUGUGGCAGACAUAUGUGCUGUGGGCAGAUGUCAUCCUCAAUGCUGUGCUGCUUGCUGCCUAUGCACUUGAGUCAGGGCUGAAGGUCACAGUCAUUGCUGCCUUUGUCAGCUGA